UGCUCCUGAACUUGAGUUGUGUGUUUUCUGCGGAGUCGAGAGGCAUUUCGGAACGCUUCGCAUUAUGGAUCCAAGCUUGUUGAGAGACAGAGAGCUAUUCAAAAAACGAGCUCUUUCCACCCCUGUGGUAGAAAAACGUGCUGUGCCUUCUGAGUUGCCCUCGGCCUCAUCCAAGAAGAAGAAAGCAAAAGUUGAACAUGGAGGAUCAUCAGGCUCUAAACAAAAUGCAGAUCAUAGCAAUGGAUCGUUUAACUUGAAAGCGCUAUCUGGAAGCUCUGGAUAUAAGUUUGGUGUUCUUGCUAAGAUUGUGAAUUACAUGAAAACACGGCAUCAACGAGGAGAUACACAUCCUUUAACUUUGGAGGAGAUUUUGGAUGAGACACAGCACUUAGAUAUUGGACUCAAGCAGAAACAAUGGCUAAUGACUGAGGCUUUAGUCAACAAUCCUAAGAUUGAAGUCAUAGAUGGGAAAUACGCCUUCAAGCCAAAGUACAACCUGAAAGAUAAGAAGGCCUUGCUCAGGCUUCUGGAUAACCACGACCAGCGAGGACUAGGAGGGAUCCUGCUAGAGGACAUAGAAGAAGGGCUCCCCAAUUCCCAGAAAGCAGUCAAGGCUUUAGGGGACCAGAUACUGUUUGUAAAUCGUCCUGAUAAGAAGAAAAUACUUUUCUUCAAUGAUAAAAGCUGUCAGUUUUCUGUGGAUGAAGAAUUCCAGAAACUGUGGAGGAGCGUCACUGUGGAUUCAAUGGAUGAGGAGAAAAUUGAAGACUAUCUCAAGCGACAGGGUAUUUCUUCUAUGCAGGAAUCUGGACCAAAGAAAGUGGCCUCUAUUCAGAGAAGAAAGAAGCCUGCUUCACAGAAGAAGCGCCGGUUUAAGACUCACAAUGAACACUUGGCUGGAGUGCUGAAGGAUUACUCGGACAUUACCCCUGGCAAAUAGGCAGCAUUUUUAUCCUCAAACAAGGUUGCAGACACCAUCAGGGUCUUUCCUCAUGCUUGGGAUCUGAAGACUCUGCCUUCCCGUCUGCUCCUCAGGACUGAGGAGAGGAGCAGUUCAGUUUACAGAACAGGAGUGCAUUACCAAAUCCAGCUUUGUCACCCAGCCAGGCUAGUGGGAAACAGUUCCUGUUAACUCCUGGGGUUGGUUUUUUUUUUUUUUCCCUAGAAAGACACUUAGCAUGGCAUGCAGGUGUCUUUGUUUAUCUUGAUUUCUAGAUGGUUCUUGAUUCCUGUUUUCUCUAUUGCUUUAGAACAGAUUGGCAGAUAGUGCUGGAUGCAAUAUUUCUUUAUUCCAAGAGAAAAUAUUUAUAAUAAAAUCAUUUGUAGGAGGAUCUUUAAGAAGUUAGGAAAUUCAGUUUGUUUCUCUUAAUUCUUGAAAAUAGCAGGGAACAGUGGCAGUCAUUGGUUGGUAGGGCAGGUGUUUGGGACGUCACAAAGAUGAGUCAGUGCUGUUGGCAAGUGUGUGGGUUUCAUCUUUGGAACACAGGGUAUGACUCUGGUUAAUAAGCUAAGCAAUAAAAUUACACUAAAUGUAA